AUGGGUGCCGGAGCCAAAGCUAAACCCAAAGAAAGGGAGGGAUUAGAGGAAAGAUGGUCAACAACUCUGACUACGGGCCAAACGAAGAGUAUCCUAUUAAUCGGACAAUCUUCUAUUUAUUUGAUCGCAUUUGCAUCACUGUUCUGGCAGAUUCCCGGUCUUUAUGGCGAAAAAGGGAUUACCCCAAUUGCCCCACACCUCCAAUGUGAAGAGGCAAAUAUUCUGAAUUGUCGCUCGGUAUUGCUCAUGCUCCUUCAAAAAUAUGUGCCAAUGGCUCCUUCAUUAUCAAUGGCGUUAUUAGUGUUGUCAGCUAUGGUGUUAAGCCUGAUCACCGUUGCAUUCCAGUCGGCCCGCACAAGCUUUUCCUAUUUUCUUAUUUGGCUGGCCUACGUAGCCGUCUAUGAAGUUGGCGGUACGUUUCUUUGGUUCCAAUGGGAUAGCCUGUUGCUCGAAUCCGGUUUUCUCGCCGUGAUUCUGGCGGCUUUUAAUGAUGGGCCAGCAGAUCAGGUUGCCAUCUAUUUGUACAGAUGGUUGGCCUGUCGGUUGAUGUUCGCCUCCGGUGUGGUGAAGCUGCAGUCGAAUUGCCCGACUUGGUGGGGGUUGACAGCGCUUGAGGUACAUUACGAAUCGCAAUGUAUCCCGACUCCAAUCGCUUGGUAUUUUCACCAUCUUCCGGGCUGGUUCAACCGAUUCGCAGUUGCACUAACAUUCUACAUCGAGUUGUAUCUCCCACCGCUUUUCCUGGUGCCUUUCGAGAGUGUCCGAUGGUUUGCCGGGGUUAAUCAGAUCCUCUUCAUGGGACUGAUCAUGCUCACCGGAAAUUACAACUUUUUCAACCUGCUCUACUCACUGAUUUGCGUGGCGUUGUUGGAAGUUGGACCCGACAACACACAACGCGAAAAGCGUCAAUCCAUGCUGAUGUGGUUGGUGGAGACGAUUGUGUUCGUGGGUACGGUGGCAGCCUCCCUCUGGCACUUUUGCAAAUGGUUUUCCGUGGAAGCCGAUUGGAGCAGGAGGGUGGUAGAUUCGGAGAUCGCCUUCGAUCGAUCGGAGUUCGAUGCGGCCGUGCGGCUGGCCACUGAAUAUUUGAUUUAUGUGGGAGCGGCUGGGCUGUUUUGGAAGGUUUUCGUCGCCUUGUGGAGAAAUGGCAAAAGCUUCUUCAAUAUCCUUCAUCUUACCUUUGUCGUCGCCAUCGGUGGAUUCAUCUUCGCGGUUUCACUGGUUCCAUUCACUCAACUUGACCGCUCCGUCGCCGCAAAGAUCCCACCCCAAAUCCGCCAACUCCAUGAACUGACCUCCAAAUUCCACCUCGUCAACUCGUACGGACUCUUUAGAAGUAUGACCGGCUUGGAGGGGAGGCCCGAAAUUGUGCUCGAAGGCUCCGAUGGCCCGAGUGGCCCCUGGAAAGAGAUCGAAUUCUAUGCGAAACCGGGCAAUUUGAAUCGAAGCCCGCCAUUCGUCGUUCCUCACCAACCACGCCUCGACUGGCAAAUGUGGUUCGCCGCCCUCGGCACGUACCAGCAGAACCCGUGGUUUGUCUCCAUGGUUCACCAACUGCUCAACAACAACACUAAUGUCGUCCGGUUGCUGGAGAAAUAUCCGUUCACUAAGGAUCAGCCGAUGAAGUUCGCUCGGGCGCACAUGUACAUCUACCACUAUAGUAAAUGGAAUGGCAGUGGCUGGUGGACCCGCGAUUUCCAAGGCGAGUACAUGCCAACCCUUACUCGCAACGCCGAGCCCAUCCUCGACUUCCUCGCCAAGCAGAAGCUGAUCGUCAAAUCCCAAAAAUACCCCUCCACAAAACUCUCGUCCUCUCUCGCAAAACUUCAACGCCACAUCACCCAAAAAAUCGAUCAGACCGUCUUUGUCUGGUCCGUCUUGUCGACCGUUCCGCUCAUCCUAAUCACCAAACGAAUCCUCGGGUUC